AUCAAUAAAAAAAGAAAGCCAACUGCGAGCGGGUCAUCCCAGCUUGGGGUAGCUUAACCGCUUCAGGGGCUCUUUUAUUUUAUCUUUCUUAAUUGUCGAUAACAUUCUACGAUUCGAAUCGAAGGGGGGAAUCGUUUAGGGUCAUCCCUAGAAAAACAUCAUCGUCGUCAUCAUGUCUUCAACCCCUCCAUCAAACGCCUACGGCGACGAAGACGUUCCUCAAAAUGACGGAUCAAAACUCAAGACUUUUAUCUCUAUACUACGAAAAUUCAUGGGUGUAGCGGAUCUUGCCGCCGUGCGCUUCUCCCUUCCAUCUCAACUCCUCGAACCGACCCCGAACCUCGAAUAUUGGAAUUACCUCGACAACCCUACCUCCUUUGCCGCGAUAGGUACCUCGGACGAACCACUAGAUCGUAUGCUAGAAGUAUUGCGCUUCUGGUUUACCAAGGAUUUAAAAUAUGUCAAGGGAAAGCCAUGCAAACCGUAUAACUCUUGCCUCGGCGAGUUCUUCCGAUGUAACUGGGAAGCUGAAGAUAAUGCGCCGCGGAUUGAUACAAAGAGCUUACAGACAUCUACUAGUGGCAAUGCCAGUAGCUCCUCUUCCAUAAAGUCAUCCAAAGCCAAUGGCGCUGACCCGCGAACUGCAUCCUCCGUCUCCGUUUCCCAGAUGCCAGCAAAUCCCACUGGACCUACCGUCAGGAUAUCAUAUUUGACCGAACAGACUUCCCAUCAUCCUCCUGUUAGCGCUUUCUAUGUCAGCUGUCCCGAAAAGGGUUUACAUGCGAGGGGUUUCGAUCAGAUUAGUGCCAAGUUCACCGGAACCGCCAUCAAAGUAGCGCCGGGCGAGCACAACCUUGGAAUUUUCAUCACCCUAGAGAAAAGGAAUAACGAAACAUACCAACUCACGCAUCCCGCUGCACACCUAGGUGGAAUCUUCCGCGGCAGCUUAAGUGUCAGUGUUGGUGACUUUGCCUACAUCACCUGUCCACAGACAAAAUUGAAGGCAAUUCUUCACUACAUUGAGGAUGGUUGGCUUGGCCGGGCGCAAAAUAAGGUCGAAGGUGUCGUCUUUAAGUAUGACCCGGAUAAAGACGACAAGACGCGUAUCAAGGAUGUACCUGACUCCGACGUCGUGGCGAGACUCGGUGGUGCAUGGAAGGAUAGGAUCGUCUUCACUUUGGGUCCCAAGCUAGUGGAUUCGCAUCCGGUAGAGAAACGAACUACCAUCAUCGAUCUUAACCCUCUCACUGUCGCACCCAAGGCGUUACCGCCAAAAGAGAAGCAGGCAGAGAACGAGUCGUUAACGAUGUGGGAUGGAGUGACUCAGGCUAUAAUGUCGAAGCAAUUUUCAAAAGCUACCAACGUCAAAAUAGAGCUCGAAGAAAAGCAGCGAGAAAAGGCCCGGGAACGGGAGCACAAAAACGAAACUUGGAAACCAGUUUUCUUCGACCAAGCUACCGACAAGCGAGGUACGCCAGACCUCACAGAUAAAGGUCGUGAAGUGCUUGAGAGAGCACAGAAAGGAGAUUGGAAUUUAGAAGGGAUCAUCUAGAAGUGGAACUACACGCGCCGUUGACGCGCGUCACUGUCCAGGGUUAGAAAACAUACCGAUCGAGUGGGGCUCUCUCAUCAGGGUCUCACAUUACAUACAGUCUUUGGUUUUGCAAGACAAACUCAUUGUGCUUUUCUGGAUGGCUUCACUCGCAUAUAUACGCGCAUACAUAUACCGAUUCAUGGGGAAUAAGGCAUAGCAGCUUUGGGCCAAA